CGGCCAGGCAGUGGCUCCGGGGACGCGGGCGGGGCUGCCUGUGUCGGAACGGAACGCCCUGGGCGGGAGUCGCAGUCCAGGGACUGGCGGCUGUGCAGUCUCCAUCCGGGGAGCUCCUCUAAGGGACUUCUCUUUCUCUGGACCCCCUGGAUUCCAAAGAAAUGUGGCUCUACCUGGUGGGCCUCGUGGGCCUGUUCUACCUUCUGCGCUGGUUCCGGGAGAGGGAGGUGGUGAGCCACCUCCGAGACAAGUACGUCUUCAUCACGGGCUGUGACUCGGGCUUCGGGAACCUGCUGGCCAGGCAGCUGGACCUGCGAGGCCUGAGGGUGCUGGCUGCAUGUCUGACGGAGAAGGGGGCUGAGCAGCUGAGGGACCGGACAUCAGACAGGGUGGAGACAGUGAUCCUGGACGUCACCAAGACAGAGAGCAUUGCUGCAGCCACCCAGUGGGUGAAGGAGCACGUGGGGGACAGAGGGCUCUGGGGCCUGGUGAAUAACGCUGGCAUCUCCGUACCCACGGCACCCAACGAGUGGCUGACCAAACAGGACUUUAUGAAAAUACUUGAUGUGAACCUGCUGGGAGUGAUCGAGGUGACACUGAGCCUGCUGCCCCUAGUGAGGAAGGCGAGGGGCCGCGUGGUCAAUGUCUCCAGCAUCAUGGGCCGGCUGUCCCUUUACGGUGGGGGCUACUGCAUCUCCAAGUAUGGCGUGGAGGCCUUCUCAGACUCCCUCAGGCGGGAGCUCUCCUACUUUGGGGUGAAGGUGGCCAUGAUUGAGCCCGGUUUCUUCAAGACUGAAAUCACCAGCAAUGAGGUCUUUUCACGGACCUUGCAGAAGUUGUGGGACCAGACUAGCACGGAGAUCAAGGAGAUCUAUGGCGAGCAGUUCCUGGCAGACUACAACAAAUCUGCUGAAGUCAUGAGGAAAAAGUGCUCAACCGAUCUGUUCUUGGUGACGGACUGCAUGGAGCACGCGCUGACCUCCUGCCACCCCCGCGCCCGGUACUCGGCUGGCUGGGAUGCCAAGCUCUUCUACAUCCCCAUGAGCUACAUGCCCACCUUCCUGGUGGAUGCCCUGGCCUGUUGGUACUCCCCAGUGCCCAGAAAGGCCCUUUGAAGCCAGGACUGGGGUGCAGGGUGGGUAAGAGCUGUAAUUGUGUGAGGGGGAUGGGUCAGGGGAGGAAGUAGGGUGGAGGGAAGAAGCUCUCAAGUGAGCAGGACUCUUAGCUCACUCCCACCCACCUCCUGCCCCAGACUUCUCUCGGAACAUCAUUGGGAUAUUAGGAGGAAGCAACCAAAUUUCACAAGGGAGAAAUGGGGACCCAAUAGCACAAACUGUUGCCCAGCGCCAUGUGCAAUCAAUGAUGGCUGUAGCUGUCUUGGCCGGCUUGCCUCCUUGAGGAAUCUGCACUUUUAUGGAGGGUGUGAGCAGCUUGGAGGAAGCCCAGCCCCAAUCUGCUCAGCUUGCUGUUCCCUCCUGGGUGGGAGGGAGUGUUGGCUGUGGCCUCUCUACAUCCUCCCACCGGAUGGAAAUGGCCUGGCGGUGGUGAAGACAAUCCCUCCUUUGAAGAUACCUGUGGGCAUGGGUGAGGAUGGCUAAGGUACCAUGCCUGGACCAUCAGAUCUCCGGUGGGGCUGGCUGGCCUUGUUGACAGUGCUGUGUAUAUACACACCUGGGGUUUUUCACCCUGCAGAAAUCUAAGGCUUUGAUUCAGAGUCUGAUCCUCCAGACAAGGAGGUUCUAGGUACUGGAAAUCCCAAUCCUGUAAGCUGGUCCCCAGUUUUCACUGUUUCCUGAUGAUGACACUGAAAUUUGUUUCAAGGACUGCACCCCCCACCCCACCCCCAUUUCUAGCAUCACUCUCUCCUGCACACUAUUUAAUCUGGGCACAGCACCUCACUACCAUACAUUUCCACCUCAGGUUCUUUCCUUUUCUGGAUGACUUUUUAUCUCUUUGUCAGUUACUUUGCCCACUCCCCUGACCUGUUUUUUUGACAUUGUUUUCCAAGGCCCUGGGCUCAGCUGGCUACUCCUCUCACAUCUCAUCCCUUCUCAGAGCCUGGGACUCUGCCCCGUGUCCUGCCUCCGGCUGCUGAGGGAACUUAUGGUUUGUCCUCAUCAUUUGGCUGGACCUCAGGCUUGCCAAGGUUCACAUCAGAACUCUUUGGGCUCCUGCUUCCCCUCCAUGUCCCCAGAGUGUCUCCUCUCUUGAUUUCUCCCAUUGCCUACAGCCUGUGGUUCUCCCUGUCAUUGGUUCCGUACUUAGGAAUCCCUUUUUUUUUUUUUUGAGUUGCAAAUUUUUUUCAGUAUCAGAUUUUGUUAUUUGAAGUAUGUAAUUUUCAGUUAGUCUCUUUAGUCUAGCUCAGUUGUCCUUAAUUAUGGAAUGAGUUGGAGGAUAGGGGCAAUCAAUAGGCAAGGUAAAACAAAGAGCUGUGGAUGAAGAUGCAUUAAUAUGUUGUUCCAAAUGCAUAAGAGAACUUUCUCCUCCAAAGAAAUGCCUGAAGCCUCUAUUUCACUUUUAUUUGAAUGUACUAUUUGAGCCAAUUGUCCAAAGUGCCAAUUUAAUAUAAAAUUAUAACAGAAUAAGCAACAAAACAGUAUUUGAUAUUUCAUUGUCUCACCCUUACGCUCAAGACUCACUGCCCCCCAUCAUUGAUAUUUAUUGGACAUAAUGUACUAGGCACAAUAGAACACACAGAAAUAAUUUUCCCCGGAAUUUUUUUCUAAAAGAAUAAAAGUACACUUCUCCUAAUAA